AUGACCGGGCCUUCAACAAUGAAGCCGAUACUCAGAUUGUGUCGUGCCAAUAAAUUUUCAGAAGCUAAAGUAUCGCCAGGUCCAUUUGGUGGCAUUCUUGCUGCUCAAGUACGAUCACUUUAUCCAACAAGUCAUGCUAAGUGCAAGAGAUAUACAUCUACAACUGCUUCCUCGCCCGCAUCUGCAGUCCCCAAUUCUGCGUCCCUGUCUACAGCUUCAUCUAAUGCGGUUGCUCCGAAUCUAAUUACCACUCCAUACUCAAACUUGACAAUUGGUAUUCCUCGCGAGACAUAUCCGAAUGAAAAACGAGUUGCGGUUACUCCACAAAAUGCACAGCUCUUGAUUAAGAAAGGCUUCUCCCGAGUUCUUGUCGAGCGAGGUGCUGGAGCAGAGGCGCAGUUCACCGAUGAGGCAUACGAGACUGCAGGAGCCAAAAUAGUAAACAGGAAGAAUGUUUGGUCGGAAAGUGACAUUCUUCUGAAGGUCCGCCCACCGAGUGUGGAUGGACCCAUCAAUGAAGUUGAUUCCUUGAAGAACAAUGCAACACUUAUUUCAUUUUUAUACCCAGCGGUAAAUAAAGGCGUGGUAGAGAAACUGGCUCAUAGAGGGGUUACUUCAUUCGCGAUGGAUAUGAUUCCUAGAAUUUCGAGAGCUCAAGUUUUUGAUGCAUUAAGUUCUAUGGCUAAUAUUGCCGGUUAUAAAGCAGUCUUAGAAGCUUCCAAUCAUUUUGGACGCUAUAUGACUGGCCAGGUCACUGCUGCUGGGUAUGUGGAUCCCCAUAUGUUGCUAGUUCCUCCUUGUAAAGUACUUGUCAUUGGAGCGGGUGUGGCUGGAUUGAGUGCCAUUGCAACAGCUCGACGCAUGGGAGCUAUCGUACGAGGAUUUGACACCAGAUCAGCUGCACGUGAGCAAGUUCAAUCAUUAGGUGCUGAGUUCAUCGAGGUAGAUUUCAAAGAAGAUGGUUCUGGCGCCGGUGGUUAUGGUAAAGAGAUGUCGAAAGAGUUCAUGGAUGCCGAAAAGAAAUUAUUCAUGGAACAAUGUCGCGAUAUUGAUAUUAUCAUUUGUACUGCAUUGAUUCCAGGUCGCCCUGCCCCUAAAUUGAUUCAUGAAGAUAUGGUUGCAGCAAUGAAGCCCGGUUCUGUUAUUGUCGAUUUGGCAGCUGAAGCAGGUGGUAAUUGUGAUGUUACUGUGGCCGGCCAAUUGAUUGAACAUAAAGGUGUUAAAGUCAUAGGAUAUACUGAUCUUCCGUCCCGACUUCCGACUCAAUCGUCUACUUUGUACUCGAACAAUAUUACCAAGUUCCUUCUUUCCAUUGCCCCAGAAGAAAAGCAGUUUGGCAUUGAUAUGAGGGAUGAGGUUGUCCGUGGUUCCAUUGUGACUCACAAUGGUGAAGUUGUCCCUACUGCACCACGACCAUUACCUCCAGCGCCAAAAGCUGCCUCAACUAUUGAUGCAAAUGCUUCAACCGCUAAUACUGUAGCCUUAACUCCAUGGCAAAAACAAACACGAGAAGUCGGAGCUGUUACUGGGGGUAUGAGUCUUGCGCUUCUUCUUGGUAAAGCAACAGGACCAUUAUUCAUGAACAAUGUCUUUACAUUUGCAUUGGCUGGAUUGAUCGGCUAUCGAACAGUAUGGGGAGUUGCCCCUGCACUCCAUUCUCCACUCAUGAGUGUCACAAAUGCUAUAUCAGGCAUGGUUGGUGUAGGUGGUUUCUUCAUUAUGGGAGGUGGUCUCAUACCACAUACCAUUCCUCAAGCUCUCGGCGCUUUAUCUGUAAUGCUUGCAUUUGUCAAUGUUUCUGGUGGCUUUCUCAUUACAAAGCGAAUGUUAGAUAUGUUUAAGCGACCAACUGAUCCGCCUGAAUACCCAUGGUUAUAUGCUAUACCUGCUGCUGUUUUCGGUGUAGGAUAUAUAGCAGCUGCAUCUACUGGUAUGGCUGGGCUUGUCCAAGCAGGAUAUAUUGCUAGCAGUCUUUUGUGCAUCGCAUCAUUAUCUGGCCUUGCUUCUCAAACAACAGCACGCCAAGGAAAUAUGUUAGGUAUAUUGGGAGUUGCAGCCGGUAUACUUGCAUCGCUAGCCGCCGUAGGCUUUCCGGUUGAAGUUCUUGCACAAUUUGCAGCUGUUGCCGGUUGCGGCGCCAUCAUUGGAUUAAGGAUUGGACGACGUACGACAGCAACUGAUUUACCUCAAACUGUGGCUGCACUCCACUCCGUGGUUGGUCUUGCGGCUGUUUUGACAAGUUUCGGGUCAGUCAUGGCAGACAUUGGAGACAUAUCACAGCUUCACCUCAUAGCUGGUUACAUGGGUGUUCUAAUUGGCGGCGUCACAUUUACCGGAUCCAUAGUAGCAUAUCUCAAACUGGCGGGUCGAAUGUCUUCGAAACCAAUCAAACUCCCAGGUCCAAAACAUGCACUAAAUUCCUCCCUACUUGCUCUUAAUAUGGCUAGCAUGGCUACUUUUAUCACAUUCGCACCCGGGGCACCAUUAAUUGCUGCAUGUUGCUUAGCAGGAAAUGUAGUUCUCAGUUUCAUCAAAGGUUACACGACUACUGCCGCUAUUGGUGGCGCAGAUAUGCCUGUCGUCAUCACAGUACUCAAUGCAUAUUCUGGAUUUGCAAUAGUGUCUGAAGGUUUCAUGCUUGACAUGCCUUUAUUGACAACAGUAGGCUCUUUGAUUGGAGUUAGUGGUUCGAUUCUGUCAUCUAUUAUGUGCGUCGGAAUGAAUCGUUCUAUCGGAAAUGUCCUUUUCGGAGGAAUAGCUCCUAGCGCGGAAACCGAGCAUAAAAUCGAAGGACAAAUAACCAAAACUAAUAUCGAUGAAGUUUUGGAAUCACUAGAAAAUGCUGAAAACGUCAUCAUCGUCGUUGGAUAUGGCAUGGCUGUUGCAAAGGCUCAAUAUGCCAUUAGUGAUAUCACACGAAUGCUAAAGAGCAAGGGUAUCAAUGUACGAUUCGCCAUUCAUCCCGUCGCGGGUCGUAUGCCUGGUCAAUGCAAUGUUCUACUUGCAGAAGCUAGUGUACCAUACGAUAUCGUUCUCGAAAUGGACGAAAUUAAUGAUGAUUUCGGAGAAACUGACGUGACUCUUGUCAUUGGCGCAAACGAUACUGUUAAUCCAAUUGCUCUCGAACCUGGUUCGUCAAUCGCCGGUAUGCCUGUCUUACAUGCUUGGAAAAGUAAACAAGUUAUUGUUAUGAAGAGAGGUAUGGCAAGUGGGUAUGCAGAUGUUGUAAAUCCGAUGUUUUAUAUGCCUAAUACGAGGAUGUUAUUCGGUGAUGCUAAGGAUAGUUGUGAUGCUAUCAAAGGUGCCCUCGAAGCAAGAAAUCGUAUGUAUGACGUCUAA